AUGAUAAUGCGCUUGAUUGGCAAGCUGUUGGCAGUCAAACCGAUGAAGAUCAUCUCUCCGUUGAUAAAGAUGUUGCUGUGUUUUCUACCACAGAAUAUCGUGCUGCGGAAACUUCCAUUAGUGCAAAACCUGGGGAUACUACUGUAUCAUCUGACCAUACACCUUCCAGUAUUAAAAGUACUAUUGGAAAUGCUUCUUCUAGUGAAGUUGAUGUUGCUAAAUCUGUUAAAAAUGAAUCCAGUGACAGUAAAGGUGUUGAUAGUGUACUUUCGGAUACUGCAGCUAAACAGGGAGAUAAAGUGUAAUCAAGAUUCUCCUGCUAGUGUAUCUACUUCUACGGAAUUACAAAAGGACAGUUCUCCUCAAAGUGAAGCGCGCACUGGACAAGAAACAGCUCAUCUAGGAAGUCAAAUACAAGCAGUAAAGGCACAAGAUGAUGAAAAAUCCCAUAGAAAACCUCACUCAAAUAUGGUACAUGAUACACAAAUGCAAACAUCACAAACUCAGGGAGAUCAUCAAGUCUCAACACAAGGUUCACAUCAUGGAAAUCAUGAAACAUCUGGAGGUAAACAUUAUUUAAAAGAUAAAUAUUCUCAACUAACUAUAUAUUCAAAAUUAUAUUGA